GCUACCAGCAACCAACAUAUACAUACUCGCUGCGUUGGAUAACUAACAAUUGAACCUGGUAAAUCAUCAUCAAUGGCGUCCGCUACCAUGGUUAUCCUCUGUCCUCAGAACGUCACUCGCCACCCCAAACCUUUCUUCUCUCUCCACAAAACCACCACUACUCUCUAUCCUAUCCCCUAUUAUUCUUCUUCAACCAGAUCAUCAUCACGCUCAAUUUCCCUUUCUGCUGCUACUUCACGGGCAAUGGAGGCUCUCAUAUUCGAUUGCGACGGAGUUAUUCUCGAAUCCGAAGACUUACACCGCCAAGCUUACAAUCUGGCUUUCGCUCACUUCAAUGUCUGUUGCCCUCCCUUCAAUGAACCCCUCAAUUGGGACACUGAUUUCUACGACGUCCUUCAGAACCAAAUCGGCGGCGGUAAACCUAAAAUGCGCUGGUAUUUUAAGGAGAAUGGUUGGCCUUCUUCCACGAUCUUUGUCACGCCUCCUGAAAAUGAUAUCGAUAGGGAAAAAUUAGUCGACACUCUUCAGGAUUGGAAGACAGAGAAGUACAAGGAUAUAAUCAAGUCGGGAAGUGUUGAGCCUAGACCAGGUGUACUAAGAUUGAUGGAUGAGGCAAAGGCUUCUGGUAAAAAACUUGCUGUGUGUUCUGCUGCAACUAAAAGCUCAGUUGUCCUCUGUCUAGAGAAUCUUAUUGGAAUCGAGCGUUUCCAAAGUCUUGAUUGCUUUCUUGCAGGUGAUGAUGUGAAGGAAAAGAAGCCGGACCCUUCUAUAUAUAUAACAGCAUCUAAGAAACUAGGAAUUUCAGAGAAAGCUUGCUUGGUAGUGGAGGACAGUGUGAUUGGUCUACAGGCAGCAACAAAAGCUGGAAUGUCAUGUGUGAUUACAUAUACAUCUUCAACCGAAAAACAGGAUUUUACGGAUGCAAUAGCAAAAUUCCCUGAUUUAAGUGACGUAAGAUUAAAAGACUUGGAGGAGUUGUUACAAAAUGUGGUGGCUGCUUAGAUCAGGAAAGUUUGAAACUGUACAAUCACACCAUGCAAUGCCAUUCAGCUCUUGUGAAAUUCUGAUUGAAAUUCCUAUACAUACCAAAUGUAUAUUGAUAAUGCUAAAUUCAUUUUAAAGUUCUGGGGUUCCAUUAUAGUCUA